ACAACACAAACUCCACAACCCAGGCUCAUUCCAACAGGAGAUGUUUUGAUCACAUGUUAAUCUAGUGGAAUCUGAUUGGUUCCAAGUCUUAUCAGUGACCGGAAGUCGGAAGCGCAGAAACAGCUGAUGAGGUGGCGGAGAGUGCAUCAUGAUCGGAGAUUUACUUCUAUUCGGGACAUUGCUUGUGAAUGCUGGUGCAGUAUUAAAUUUCAAACUGAAGAAAAAGGAAUCCCAGGGUUUUGGAGAUGAUUUGACAGAGGCCACUACAGGUGACAACAUCAGGGAAUUUUUACUCAGCCUGCGGUACUUUCGAAUUUUCAUAGCACUGUGGAACAUUUUCAUGAUGUUUUGUAUGGUUGUAUUAUUUGGAUCAUGAAUGUGGUUUACCGGAUAUCUUUGACUGUUUGAAAAUUGAAAAUGCUGGCUCUACACACCAGAAGAAUUUUUCUCCCCCCCCCCUAUUCUUUCAGAAGCCCUUCGUUCGAGGCAGAGCAUCAUCUCAGUUCAUACAUCAUUCAUACAGAACCAGUUUUCUGUUUGUAAUUAAUGAAAAUUGCACACAAGCAAAUAUGCCAACAUGACUGGACUAACAUUAUAGUUCAUUAACUGAGGAAUAAACUAAAAUGCCUGGUUUCUAAAAGAAUGUAGUAAACAUUUUCUUUUAAUUAAAAAGCUAGUGUCCAACUAGUAGCCUGCAACUUAUCAUAAAGAUACUUUAUGAAUUGAUCAUAAGAAGUAUCUAGAGAUGAGAAAUAUACAUUUAAAAAUACAUUUGGUUAAUUUAUAUUUGGAAAAAUCGGGUUUGGUGAAAUACAAGACAGGCACUUACUAUUGAAUGUUACAAAUGAAAAGAGGUGCUGUUUGUUAUCCAUCAUGUUUUAUGAGGCUCUAUGAUGCAUUUGAAAACUGACAGGCAACAAAAUACAAGAGGUUUGUAAGCAAAAUGUUUUUUUUUAAGGUGAAUGAUCUGUUUUUUCACUUAGCUUCUUCUAGUGUUAUGGAGAAAUGCAUCUGUUCUACCAAGAGAGAGAGAGAAAAACAACAGACAUUCUUGAGCAAAUGGUGUUGUGUUUAGGACUAAGGAGUUAAAGGGGCAAUAUGUCCAAUAUGUACCAAAUACUGUAUAUAUAGCCUGCAUGGAAAAUGUGCUCUGCCUAUUUGUAAUUUAAACAAUAGAAAGUGAAUAAUGUACAUCCUGUUGUAAAAUAUAUGGUGAUUGAAAUACCCCUAUUGUAAAAUAUAAGGAUAUUAUAAGGUACCAAGGAGUUCCAUGACCACAUAAAAGCACAAGGCCAAAGGCCGAGUGUUUGUACACAGGUCAUGGAACUCCAAGGUGACUUCUAAUAUCCUCAUGUUUUGCAACAGGUGGUACUUUAUUUAUUAUAAUGCACAAUGUGACAUAAAUGACAUCACUAAGCACCACUUUAUAAGGAUAAAAUUCUCAGCAUAUUCAUGGCUUUUGUGCAAAUUCUGGAUUUGCUUUUGCUUUUACUCUUACUUCCCCCCCCCACGCUAUUUAAGAGAAACUUGUGAUAAACAAACUCUACCCUUUUUCUAACCUCAUGUAGUCCAGCAUCAACGGGGGCCCAAAGUUAAGAGAGAGAACUCCUUCCUUGCCUUUUUCCUUGAUAUGAUUUUGGAUUUUUUAGCCCAGCAACAUCAGGGGAGAGAGGUUAAGAGAGAGGGCUCUUAACUGCCUCCUUUUUCUCUCUGGUUACAUUAUAUACAGGUUUAUUGGGGGGGGGGGAGGUUUGAUUAUAUUCUCCUCCUUCCAAAAUUGCUCCGAAAAAUCAAGUAUGUGGGAUUAAAUAAAAUGAAAGUUUAGCACAAAAAAAUGUAUUUAGGCACAUUGUAUUUUAACAUUCAAAGACAAAUGUAUACAAAUGUAUACUGCACCUUUAAUAUUCCAAUUUACAGGCUUAUUACCUGAACCGUAAGAUGCGCAUAUCCUCGCCAUCCUUGCCUACCUUUUGGCAUAAUGUGUUUACCUAUCUCUGUUUAAUAAAUGUUUUCAUAAA